UUAUGGCUAACUUACCUUAGUAAUAAUAUUCAACACCAUCAAAUUUACCUUCUUACAACAGAGAUCCAUCUACUUAUUAACAACCUACAUUAGGAUAAUAAUAAGUUCCAUAGAGUAAUUAUCAACCUCAACAAUCUGGUGAGAAAGGAUUACAAUAUUUGCCUUAAUAAACAAGUGUAAUGCCAUAAAAUGUAUAAACAUAACAAAUAUAUGGACAACCACAAGUUGGAAUGAUAGGAUAAUAAUUCACACAACAACCCUUAUUUGGCCAAUCAUAAAUUUAACAACUACCCUAACAAACAGUUGAAACCUAAUCAGGUCAAGUAGUAAAAGGAUAGUCAAGAAUUGAAUACAUUCCAUAUGAGAGAACAAUAACUGAAUAUGAAGAAGUGAGAAGACAAGUGUAAGUACCAAUCACCAAAUAAAUCACUGACUAUUAUGCAGUGCAAUAUGACAUUGAAUAUAUUCCUUAAGUCAUUUAAGAGAAAUAAAUAGAAUAUGUCCCAGUUGAAAGAGUGGCAGAAAGAACUGAAUAUUACACAGUUGAAAGAUAGAAUGUUGUAUAAUAAGUAUGAAUCAAUAAUUAGACUUAGCCAAUUGGAUAUUAAUCAUCACAAGUCCAAACAUCAGCUUCCUAUGCACCAAUACAAACUCAAUAAGUAACUCAAUAAUACGCAUAAUAUGUUCAACCUUAAUAACAAACUAUUGCAUACUAAUAACCACUUCAAAUUUAAUAGUAAUAUCAAACAAGAGAAGUUAUUCAACAACCUAUGAUCUAAUAAUCAUAUGUUUAAUAAAGAGAAAUAGUUCCACAACAAUAAAUCCAAUAGUCAGUAGCAUUAUAACCAACUCUUCCAACUACAUAAUAUAUUCCACAAUAAUAAUAUCAAACUAUAUAAUCCACUCAAACUGUUUAACCAUAAUUAUAAAUUGCCCAAGUAUUUCAUUAUCUAUAGUAAUAGACUGUUCCAUUGAAUUAUGGUCAAUCAAUUUAAACAGUUUAAACUCAAUAACCAAUUGCUAUCAAUCCAAUUACAUAGACAACCCCUCAGAUAAAUCAAGGAUAUUCUAUUCCAGCCACCACUUAAGCUCCUUAAUAUUAAGUUUAUGGACAACAAUCCCUUGGUCCUUAAUAGCCUAAAGCCUAAUAGUCUCUAACUUAAACUACACAAUACAAUCCUUAAUUGUAAUAGACUGUGGCACCAUCUUAAGUAUCUAUUCUAAAUUAUUCAUCAGUUUGCCUAAUCUGUACCAUAAUAAUAAUUAUAAUAAUAAUAAUAAUAAUCAAUCCCUCAAGAUAUGGGAAGAACUAGACCCUAUCAAUAAGGUCAAUUACCUUAAUAACCACCAACUUAACCAUAAUAAGCUGGCACUGCUUAAAAAUCAAAUAAAGAAAAAUCAUUCUUGGAGAAAUUGUUCGAUUGAUU